UCUACAGGAAGCUGAGGGAUGUGCUACAGCAGCGUAUCAUCAAGUUCCUGAUGGACCAGAGUAAGAAGGAACCUGAGAAGUACGCCAAGUUCUUUGAGGACUACGGCCUGUUCAUCAGGGAGGGUAUCGUCACCACGCAGGAGCAGGAAGUCAGGGAGGACAUCGGCAAGCUGUUGAGGUUUGAGUCUUCGGCGCUACCCGCAGGCCAGCAGACCAACCUGAAGGAGUACGGCUCCCGUAUGAAGGCCGGGACACGUAACAUCUACUACCUGUGUGCCCCAAACCGACACCUGGCUGAACACUCCCCCUACUUUGAGGCCAUGAAGCAGAAAGACAUGGAGGUGCUGUUCUGCUAUGAGCAGUUUGACGAGCUCACCCUCCUGCACCUCAGAGAGUUUGACAAGAAGAAGCUGAUCUCUGUGGAAACAGACAUUGUGGUGGACCAUUACAAGGAAGAGAAGUACCAGGACAGCAAGCCAGCCUCUGAGCGUCUGACAGAGGAGCAGGCUGAGGACCUGAUCUCCUGGAUGAGGAACAAUCUGGGAAACAGAGUCACCAACAUCAAGGUACUGUUACCCUACCAUCACUAUCUACACUAGUCACCAAUAUCAGGG